AUGAGCCCUGGCCGCCUCCCGGUGGUGGCAAAGGGAGCGGCUCCAGCUGCGUCAUGGUACUACAUUGAUGAGAAGCAGAACUACGUGGGUCCGGUGGACACGGACGGCUUGCGGCAGCUGCUGGCCCAUGCGUACGUGUCGCACGACACUUACGUGUGGGCCGCCCACCUCUCCGGUUGGCUCCGCCUCGCAGACGUGCCAGACUUUGUUGCGACGCCCCGUGGGACAAACAUCUUGCCGCGCUCCACGCAGCCGCCGCCAUCCGCGCCGUCUCCACCGGCGGCCGCGGAGCCUGCUUCGGCGCCCGCGACCGCGACCGCGACCGCGACCGCGACCGCGACCGCCGCGCCCGCCAACGGCGUGGACCGCAUCGCUUCCGCAGAGCAAGCUGCCCGAGGCAGCCCCGCACCGCCUACCCUCGGCUUGAGACGACGGCAGCAGCCAGCAGCGACGCCGCUCUCGCCGGCGGCGGGGGCGGCGAGGCCUCCGACGAAGCCGCCCGUGCCGCCCGUGCCGCUCGGCCAGUCUCUCGCCGCCAAGCCCCCGCAGCCCGACCCGGCCAGCGCCGCGGAGGACGCCGCCGCCUCGAGCACGCCGUCGCGGCCUGCCCGCCAGGUGAGCGAGUUCCAGAGAGCGUCGCCUCGCGAGGAGGAGGCGGCGUCGCUGACGCCGCGGGCGGCAGUCCCUCGCAUGGAGGGCGCUCCCGAGGCGGAGGGCGCGUGGGACGAGGGCGACGGGCUGCGCGUGCUCACGGCUGGCGGGCUGGUGAGGGCGGUCGUGCUGCCGGAUGGCGAGGUCGGCUCGCACGAGAUGGAGUUCCUCGGCCGCGUCCACCGAACCGCCGGCACCGUCUGCAACCGGAGGGACGAGCACGUCGGAGAGGUGGGGGCCGCCGAGAUGCGCCGAGAUCGAUCGAGAUUUGCCGAGGUCGGGAGAUCAACCGGUUUCACCUUUGAGGCGAUGCCGCGCCUCGCCGCCUACGUCCUCCUCGUCGACCCGGCCUUCGUCGCCGGCUUUUGA